UUGAAGAAGAGGACAUUAGUGACGAAGUAUGGCCGUUGACGAUCUUUCUGACCCCGCCGUCGUCGCCAGACAGUAGUCCGACAUACGAAUCCAUCCUAAACGAGAAAUCCAACGAAAAUGACGAGAUUUUAUCAGGAGCGUCGCGCACAAAGGAUUUGAAAUGUAUGCUAAUUAGAGAUUGUAUGUGGAAUGGUGAAUCGCCUAAGAAAGGACGAAUCUUUGAAAAAUUACGACCGCUCGCGAAAACACCGCCACUGAUUGACUGUAAUCUACGAAUGUAUGUGGAUCCAAGCGAGAUUUGGCCUUUCUAUUUUAACGAUCAACUAAAGGCGGGAAAAACAGCUACUCUAGACAAUAACAAUGAUAACACAGACGAAGAAGUAGAAGUUGAUGUUGUUGGACUCGAAGGAAAUCCAAAAAUGGACGCCGUAAAAAAGGAAGGAAAGGAAAUAAAAUCGGAAAAAAGCGAGAAAUGCGACAGAGCGGAGUCGAGGAUCGUGGAAGAAGCGGAAAGCACUCCACAAUGCGAGAACACUGAUCAUGAUUAUUCAUGUAAACUUCGGUCUGGAGUAAAAAGGAGAAGAUCGAGUUGUAGCGAGUCUGAUAAAGAAAACUGUUCUGAACAAAAAACAAGAGUAUUAUCAGGAGAUGAAUCUGAUCCCGAGUGCGAGAUACUUGGUCGCGCUACACACAAUGUUUUAGAACGGAAAAGAAGAAACGAACUAAAGCUGCGUUUUCAAUACCUGCGGGACUCAAUUCCUGAUAUAUGUGGCAACGAUCGCGCUCCGAAAGUUUCAAUUCUACAGAAAGCGUACAGCUACAUUUUACAGCUGCAAGCUGAGGAAAGAUCUCUUGUACAACAGAUUAAGACACAAAAGAACCGCAAAGAUCAGCUCCUUAGGAAAGUCUUAGAAAUGCAAAACCGUAAUUUGUCUUUUUAGGACAAAUGAAUGACAGAUCGAUCAGCUGUAUCUUUGAGUGGUUUUCGCGUUCCAUUCAUUGAUUAUAAGAUAAGCUUGAAAUGCUCAAGGAGAAUUCUCUGAACAAAAAGGACGAUUAUUCAACUUGUUGAUUUGUCGUGGUUUAAUACAAAACUAAUCACGCAAUUGAAACUGCUGAAUACUGCAUGUAAGUAUAAACUUAGUUAGAUAGUUGUAGCCUAUUAUAUGCGAAAAUGGAGCAUGAAUUAUGCGAAAAUAUCAUUUUCAAAUCCAAAAAAAUAAGAAAACCACUAUAUUCUUUAUAGCUGUUUAGUAUAGCUAUAAUUUCAACGUAUUGUUCCUAUAUGUAUAUGCAAAGCGCAUAACACAAAAAAAUAGUGACAAGGAACAAUUUAUCAUGGACAACAAAUGACAUAAACGGUAUAAUUAUGUACAUAUCAUGUUGCGAAAGGCAAAAAUUUGCAUUAUCUAUAAACAUGCGUAUAUAGGAUGUAGUUUCUCUAUGUCGCCAGUAUUGGGAUCAAAAUGACACUUUUUAUCAUUGCUUGAUCUUUAUGUUUUCAUUUUUCUCAUGUUCGUCAACUAUAAUCAUUAUAAUUAUGCACUAUUUGCGAUAACUCUAAUAACUUGAGAUAAGCUGAUACGAUAUUUCUCGACCGCCUUUAUGCAAAAUAAGCAUUUCGUGUGGUCAGCUUGUGUGCAUGUGUACAAUAGUCUUUUUUCCACUAGACGUAUAGGAAAAAAUUAGUCCAAAGAAUUGCUUUCAAUCUUGACUAGAUUAAACUUCAGAAUGAAGGAACCAGUAUUGGUGGCAUAGAGAACUCCCUAGCAAAGACAUCUCAUUGCGUGCGACAUUGUUCAUAUUUAUAUUUUAUCAAAAAUAGUACAUAUUAUACAAAUUGCACAGUCAUAAUCAUUGCACACACUGUAUCAAGACAUAUAUAGCACAUAUAUAUAUACCAAUUGCACUUUGAUGUACCCAAUCAAAUUAAUGAGCACUACAUGCAAGUUUUAAUGCAUUACGAAAUGGCAAUUUCUGAUUGAAUGAAGAUGAAUUUCAAUGAAAGUUAAACCAAGGUUUUGAAAAUUCACCAAUUCUUGUAAAACCUGAAAAGAGGAAGGCGACUUUUGGUUGUUCAACUUGUAGUUAUGAAAUUUAGUUUUCAAUUUCCCAUGGCCAGAAAAUUCGGAC